AUGGUCUCAGAGAACGGCGGAGCAGAAGCAGGCUGGGAGAAGUUCGUCGAUGCGCGCUUUUCUCCUCUCGUGAGAAGCGAGGUUUCGGCCGCCGGGCGACUUGCUAUGCUCGAUGCAGAAGUACUCUCUGUGAAGAAGGCCUAUAUCAGAGCCCUGCGGUUGAGGAAUGCUGGAACCUCCCUAUUGCGACUUCCGUCCGAAGUUUUGACUUCGAUUCUCGAGCAACUUAAGGCAUUCUGGCCACCUUCUCGCCGUUCAGGCGGUCAUAAAUCUAUCGUCUAUCAGUCAGGAUGGUUUACUACAGCUCACGUCUGUAGUCGUAUGCGCGAGAUUGCACUCAACUCGCCCAGUCUUUGGGCUACGCACGUAAACGCACAGGACAUCUCACCUAACUUCAUCCCUGCCACACUCCUUCGCUCUCGAGAUCUACUGAUCGAUAUCACGUACAAGUGGGACGAGGCUAUCGAGUUUGAGCGCCCUAGCGGCCGGAGCACUCACCCAAUGGAACUCUGGCUGUCCCCGGCGUUAGCACAUCGUACAAGGCGCCUCUGUCUACGCGAGUUCAUUUCAGCGAAGCGAUGGCCGGUUACGGAGAUACCCCGAGAGAUGCCACAGCUUCAGGAGCUGGUGAUCAUUGGAUUACCGCUGUCCGAAUCUUGCCCCGCGUUCGAGCUGCCGCCGCACCUGCAUAGCAUGUCCCAAAUUCGGCGACUGUCUCUCAGAUACUAUCGUCCGCCCUGGGACUCCGCCGUAUUUUCUGCCAAUAUGGUCUACCUAAAGCUAGGAUUCCUCGACAAAGUGACGUUAGCUUGUCUACCAACGCUCGAUCAAUUCCAGGCUAUGCUCUCUCGUCUUCCAACCUUGGAGACGCUGAUCCUCGAGAACAUCCAUCCUCAAGACUGCGACGACACAGAUAAAAUAUCACUUCCAUCGACUCUACGCUUAUUCCAGCUCCACACGAUGCAUGAAAAUGUAGACCGCGCUUUGCAAUUCACGACAUGCCUACGAAUCCCCGCACAGUGUUCAACACUCUUCAGGAUGCAAGACUCGACAUUCAGCCAUAUUCGCUCGGGAGGGAGUGUUGCUCCAAAGGCCUCUGAGGCGCUCGUAGAACGUUGCAUAUCCAACAUUUUUCAGUUUGACGACCAAGACGACAGCCCUCAAUUCCGAGAAUUGAUCUUCAAUAUGUGUACUGUCGCCGGGUUCGUCGACACACAACCGCGCGAACACUGGACCAAGGGCUGGUAUGCCACUCCCAACCAGUACGAGAUAGCCUGGCAGGGGCGAUAUCGCGACCCGCGCUUUGAGUCGCCAACGCGGCACUUGAGUUCCAUUGGCAAUGUGCCCGGCCCGGGAUUCUUUCACACGAACGUUACCUUGGAGCACGCCCUUGCCAUAACUUUCUCCGCCAAUCUCCUCGAGAUCCACAACGCGGUCAGACUCGACUACCUGGCCAGCCACGCGACAAUAGUUCGUCGAUUGGGGAUCAUCAUUCCAUACCCGUCGGCCUCUUCUCUCUUACACAUGCUCGCGGAACAUCUCUCAUCGGCUCCCUCCCUCGACGAAGGGAACUUACGAGCACCUCUAUUUCCCCUCCUAGAGACACUCGUGAUUCACGUGAAAGAGAGCGUUCUGAGAGGGGCGAUGUUUAUCGCGGAGUCCACGGCCUUGACAAAUGUCAUCCUUGCCAGGAAGCGGUCCGACGUCGUUCUCCCGUUAAGGGAGAUCAUCAUCUCGAAAGCGGCGGAAAAUUGGGCAGUAUGGGAUACACUUCGAGACGAAGUAGCCGUUACAUUCUUCUGA